GCAGACUCGAUUGAUCAGUAUUCCCCAACCAUGGCAGAUCUUUUGAAUGUAGCUACGGCGAUGUCGCUUUCUGGACGAGUAGGCCUCGUUACAGGCGGAGGAACGGGAAUAGGAUUUAUGAUUGCUAAAGCCUUCGCUGCGAAUGGUGCGAAAGUAUACAUCACAGGGCGAAGGCUGGAUGUACUGGAGAAAGCUGCAGCGUCAAUCACAGGCAUCCCGGGAUCCAUUGUUCCACUCCAGAUGAAUGUGACAGAUGAAGAAAGCGCCAAGGCUGGCGCAAAGCUCAUUGAGGGAAUCGAUGGCAAGCUCGAUAUCCUCGUUAACAAUGCUGGGUUCGGCACCUCCCUUCGCGAUCCAGAUUUCUCUGCGAAGAAACUCGCUGCAUCGGACCCUUUCGAUCCCGAGACGGUACAGAAUUGGAUGGACAUCUUCGCACUCAACACCAUCGCGCCGUUCUUCGUUGUUCGUGCCUUCCAGUCCCUCCUUAUCAAAGGAGCACAUUCUCGCCCUCAAGGAACGUCAAGCGUCAUCAACAUUAGCAGCGUGGGGGCAAUCAUAAAUACACCAAUAAAGAUGGGUUGCCUAGCAUACGGUCCGACAAAAGCAGCUUUGGAAAAGCUUACUCUUGUUCUUGGGACGAGCUUUGCUGGGAGAGGCAUCCCAAUCCGGGUGAAUGCGCUUAAGCCCGGCUUGUUCCCGUCGGAGAUAGCUACUCCUGAGAUGUUGGAAAUGAUGAGUGCAGAGCCAUUGCCUGGGUUUGGGGCUCCCAUACCCGCGAGGCGACCAGGAACCGAGGCGGAGAUGGGAAUGACGGCGAUCUAUUUAUCGGUAUCUGAUUAUACGAACGGGGCGAUUUUGAGUGUUGAUGGUGGGGUAGCGUUGGUUAAUCCUUGAAGGGUUGAUCUUUUAAUGAAAUUAAGUGACUGCCUUCUCCGGGGGAAGCGUGCCGCUGUCGUUGUGAGAUCAUAUUGUACAUACUCUCCCAUGAACGCUGGGAUCGGAUGUCGAUUACUCUUCUUUUCUCCGAAUGAAAGGUGA